AUGUCAAAUUUCAUAGCAUUACUCUGCGUUUUCUGUGCAACAGCCAUGUUUACUACAGGCCAAACCACAGACGAUUUACUGGAGAAGUGCUCCAGCGCGAGGGCAAAACCUCUGAGUAACAAAGUUCUUACAUUCAGUAUCGGUUGGACGAUGCCGUCUACGUCAUACAAUCGAACCAAAUUCUUGGGACCCGAUAAGUUCCUCGUCAACCUUCUGAACAACACUAAUGUACGUCGGGCUAUUGUGAGUAGUUGGUGCGUACUGGAGCCUUUGGAGAGCGACGGGCAGAACUCAGGCCGGGUGAUACUACAAUUCUCUAAAUAUCAGCUCGCAUUGGAUAGCCUGCAGUUAGAAGGUGGUGAGGGUGCAUUAAAACUGCGAGUGCUAUUGGACAUGAAACUGCUUGCAUCGACAAGAAACCAAAGGCUGAAUUUCACCGUCACCGCUGGUAUUCGUCUCACAGACAAACGGGACAAAGUCGUUGCACGAAUGCUGUUCACAAGGCGAAUUUCGCAGAGGCUGAAACUUGUGCGCCGAAAGCCUCUCUUGCAAGCUUUGCCUAAUUAA